UCUCUCUCUCUCUCUUUCUCCCUCCCUCGCUCUAUGUCGGCACGCGCGCGCAAAUCUACCAUAUAUCUGGACAUGUCCCGUUCCCUCCCCUCAUUCGAGGGCACGCCGCCCUCUCUACCCGAAGCCUUCCGCCCACGGCACCAAGCCACCGAGGUGCGCGCACACCUGCCGUGGCCGGCGCGCGACACUCGGCCGAAGCGCGACGCGCUGGUGACCUUAGCCUUCGCGUCGGACGCGUGCGACGCGCUGGAGGAGUCUGGCGAGCUACACGUCGUCGCUGACAGCGAGGCAGUGGUCGAAGAGGCUUGCGGGACGCUGACGCGGAGCAGGCUCUUCGCGCCCUGCCUGGCCUUCCCGUUCCACCAGGCCGGCGUGCCCGCGGCGUACCCCAGAGGGGACUUGCUGUGCGCGGACGCUGCGCUUUCCACCGACGGCCGUUCUGACAGGCAGCUUUUCUACAGCAGGUGGGAGAAGCGCGCUGCGAGCCUGCCGAACUUCCGCUUCCGCGGGGGCCGCGGGCGCAACGAGGCCGCGCCCGAUGUGCCGCCGCCGGCGAAGAGGGCCAUCGAGGCGCCGCCGCCGGGAAAGACCAAGCUAUCCGGGGGUGCGCGGAGCCGCGGGUAAAGCCGGCGCAGCGGCGAU